AUGGCUGAAAAAAAUGACAACAAGACCCAAGUCUAUGAAAUGGACGACAGGGGUUCCAAUGGCCUAGAGAGAACCAACAUAUCCCUCGAAGAUGAUUCCAAUGAUUCCGCAGAAAAGAAACAGCAUACUAAAAUUCAUACUGUCACUGAACAUUCGUUCGAUACCGCCGAAGGCUCUUACGAUGAAGCUCAAUUAGAAUAUGUAAUGAAAAAAAUGGGCUACCACAAAUAUGAGGACUUAUCUGACAUACCUCCAACUGUAGCUUAUAUUGCUUCAAAGGUUUCGGAAUUGCCUUUAGAAGAUGCUAUUGAAGAAUUGAGAAAAGCCGCAGAAUAUCAUAAAGAUGAUCCAAAUAUUCCUAGUGAUGAAUAUGAAGAAAUAAAAUAUUUGUCAAACCCUGAAAAUAUCGAUAUAGAUGAUAAAAAGCAAUGCUAUGAAGCAAGAAUUUUGGCAUCGAUGAUUAAAUUCCAUUCUCCAUACAAAGAAGUAAGGGCAGUGGUAGACCCUACCGAUGAUCCAACUAUUCCAGUAGAAACAUUUAGAUCAUAUCUUUUUGCUUUGUUUUGGGCUAUUGUCGGUUCUGGUUUUAAUGAGUUCUUCUCUCACAGACAAGUUACAAUCAGUAUUAACACUUCUGUUGUUCAAAUGUUCUUGUAUCCAUCAGGUUUGCUAUGGGCCAAAUAUGUUCCUUGCUGGGGCAUCAGUAUUAAAGGUAGAAAAUAUGCAAUCAAUAUUGAUAAACCAUGGUCUCAAAAGGAACAGAUGUUUUCAACCUUAUUAUUUUCAAUUUGUUCUGGUACUUUUUACACCCAUUAUAAUAUCCUAACUCAAAAAGUUUACUAUCAUGAUAAUGUUUCCUUUGGAUACCAGUUUUUGUUAUCUUUGAGCAUUCAAUUCUUGGGUUUUGGUUUUGCUGGUAUUCUGAGAAAGUUUGUCGUUUAUCCGACAAAGGCGUUGUGGCCAACAUCAUUCCCAACAAUUGCAUUAAACAAAGCUUUACUAUCUAGAAAGGAAGAAAAUACCAAUGGGAUGACUAGAUAUAAGUUUUUCUUCCUGACAUUUUUUGCUAUGUUUAUUUACAAUUGGUUCCCAACUUAUAUUAUCAAUAUAUUUAAUACUUUCAAUUGGAUGACUUGGAUUUCACCAAAUAAUUUCAACUUGGCUAUGAUUACAGGAGGUGUCAGUGGUAUCGGUUUUAACCCAAUUGCGUCGUUUGAUUGGAAUGUCGCAUCUUAUAUUAAUCCAUUGAGAAUCCCAUUUUUUUCUAACAUGACUCAAUAUUGCGGUGCUGUUUUUGCUGCUCUAGUGGUAAUUGCAGUUUACUGGACCAAUUAUAUGGAUUGUCAAUAUUUACCAUUGUUUUCUAAUACAUUGUAUACCAACAGAGCUACUAGAUACCAAGUUACUGAAGUGUUGGAUAGCGAUUGGAAGUUAGAUAAUGCUAAAUAUCAGGAAUAUUCGGCUCCUUACUAUAGUGCAGGUAACUUGGUAGCCUAUGGGUCAUUUAUUGCAACGUAUCCAAUGUUAAUUGUUUACUCGAUGCUGACAGAAACAAAGCUGCUUUGGAGUGCAAUGAAGCAAUGGACUUUGAGUUUAUGGUCACUAACAAAGAAACAUACUUGGACAAAUCUUUUAACUCAAGAAUCUUGUGCCUUAGAUGAAUUCGAUGAUCCACAUUCUCGUAUGAUGAAAAAUUAUAAAGAAGUGCCAGAUUGGUGGUACUUUGUUGUUUUGUUAGCUGCUAUUGGUGUAGGUAUUGCUGUUAUUGAAGCGUAUCAUACUAAUACACCAGUCUGGUCAUUAUUUGUUUCAAUUGGUUUCAAUGUUGCAUUUUUAAUUCCAUUAACAAUGUUACAAGCAACAGCAGGUUUCAGUUUGGGCUUGAACUUAUUGAUUGAAAUGAUUGUUGGCUACGCUUUACCUGGUAAUCCUUUUGCCUUAAUGAUUAUCAAAGCUUUUGGCUAUAAUAUCGAUGGCCAAGCUGAUAAUUAUGUUUCAAACUUGAAAAUGGCUCAUUAUACUAAAAUUCCACCAAUUGCAUUAUUCAGGGGUCAAAUGAUAAUGGUUUUUCUUCAAAUUUUUGUCAAUUUAGGAGUAUUAAACUGGCAAAUAUCUAAUAUCAAGGGUUUUUGUACUCAUGAUCAGAAGGCUAAAUUUACAUGUCCGGAUGCUACAACUUAUUAUAAUGCAUCUGUGGUUUGGGGUGCUCUAGGACCAAAAAAAAUCUUCAAUGAUGUUUAUCCAAUUCUAAGAUGGUGUUGGUUAAUCGGUGCUUGUAUUGGCCUAUUUUUUGGUGUGUGGAAGCGUUUUGGUAAGUUCUAUCCAACAUGGUUCAAUCCAAUUCUGUUUGUGGGUGGUAUGAUAAACAUGGCGCCACCAUACGGCUUAAUGUAUUUCACUCCAGGAAUAAUUGUUAGCUACCUAUCACAAUAUCAUUUCAAAAAGUACCAUUUACGUCUAUGGGAAAAAUACAAUUAUAUUUUAGAUGCAGGUUUUACCUCUGGUUUGGUCUUGUCAGCUAUUAUUAUCUUUUUCGCUGUUCAAUAUGAGGGUACAAAUUUUAGUUGGUGGGGAAAUAACGUUCCAUAUGCUGGGUUAGAUGGUGCAGGUCCGCCAUUAAAAAACAUCUCAGAUACAGCAAGAGGAUAUUUUGGUCCUGAAUUAGGCCAUCUACCAUAA